GAGAGGAAGCGAGCAACAGCAGGCACUUGCUGGCUCACGUUUCCUUUGGGGAUAUUUAAAAACAUAUAUUUUGUAGCAAAUUACAGUCAUAUGUAUGAAUUCCCCCCCCUAUUUUUAUACUCUGGUUUUGACUUUUUUUUAAUUUAAAUAAACCUGACAAAGGAUUGGCGGUAGCUUGCUAGCUCGUCAACAUUGAAAACACGAUUUGUCCUCUUACAAAACCCCGAAUAAGAAGCUCAACGACGUUUGUUAAAAUAUACAUAUAUUUUUUAUUUAUUGCACAGGUAACGAAGCACUUCCGCGUGUUUUAUAUCGUGUAAUUGCUGCUGUCAAUGUUAAACGCGAUAGCUAGCGAUAAAGUGAACGACAGCCAGGCUCAGGAGAGAAUGACGGCUGUUCAGCUAAUGAAUAUCCAGCGACUAUUGGAAGCCGCGGAAUAUCUGGAAAGGAGAGAAAGAGAGUGUGAGCACGGAUAUGCUUCGACGUUUCCUUCAAAUCAGGACACAAACUACCAGAGGCAAAGGAAAUUCCGAAAUAAGAAAUUCAGCAGUAACCAUAACAGGUCCACACACAACGAGUUGGAGAAGAAUAGACGGGCUCACCUGCGGCUGUGUCUGGAGCGCUUGAAGGCCCUCAUUCCGCUGGGACCGGACUGCAGCCGCCAUACCACCCUGGGCCUCCUCAACAAAGCCAAAGCACAUAUAAAGAAACUUGAAGAAGCAGACAGGAAAAGCCAGUACCAGCUGGAGUCUCUGGAGCGUGAGCAGAGGCACCUCCAACGCCAGCUGGAGCUGCUGAGAGGCGGCGGAGGUGCGGUCGUGGAGGGCGAGAGGAUACGCAUGGACAGCGUGGGCUCCACUCUCGGCUCUGAGCGCUCCGACUCCGACCAAGAAGAGAUUGAGGUGGACGUGGAGAGCACGGAGUUCUCCCACGGAGAGCUGGACAGCCUGAGCACGGCAAGCACCAGCGACCUGGACGACCACAGCAGCCUGCAGAGCAUGGCCAGCGACGAGGGAUACUCCUCCUGCAGUGUCAAACUUGCCUUCUCCUCCUAGAAGCGACCCACCACCACCAACACCUUCCUCCUCCUCCUGCUUCCCUCCCAUCUGGUGUAUCCAUGCACCCAUCCAGCCAUGCCCACAGGCAUCUGUUCACCUGCUUACAGCGUUCCCAUCACCAUGCAGCUGAUGCCGCAAGAUGGCGCCAAAACAAUAUUUUUAUUGCUUUGGCUUGAGCACAAAAACAGCCAAAAGGUGAGUUUUUCAGCAAAUAAUGGAGAAUAGGUCCCCCCUCCCAAAAAAAAAAAAAAAAAAAAAAAAAAAGAAAAAACAGUGAAUGACAAAUAUGCGGGAGAACACUGUAUUCAUAUGUUCUCAGUGUAGCCGGUUUGGGUUUAGAGCCAUUUGACAUAGUGAAAUCUUUAUCAAUCGCCGGUAUCUAGAAAUGCUGUGCGCCAAGGAGUAAAGUGACUCCUGAAAUGCAGGACGACAGAUUUACAUGAUGCAUCACAGUCAUAUCGGAGCUUUUAUUUGGGCCAACGCUAAAGUAGGAAGGAGUAAUUGGAUAGUAUGCGUGUUCUAUUGGGAAGCCGGUCCCUUUAUGAACUUUAAAAAACAAAAAAGGAAAUUAUUUUUACAUGACACGACAUCAUCAUUUAAUGCAAAUUAUUUUGCGGCUCACGGACCCCAGUUUGAGGACCCCUGAUGUAAAAAAACAUGCAAUUUGGUGGCAAAAUACUCCCGAUAUUUAAAACCCACACAUACAACCGCAAAUGUGACCCAAAAUGCACUUAAACUCUAUUUGAUAUUUAAGUCGCUCUAAGCUGAUGGGUGCUUCAGCGUUGGGCCAGGCCAAUGGAAAGCACACGGUGCGGUGACAUCACCCGAUGCCGCCAAAGACGCCAACUCUGUCUCAUCUUAUCUUGGACACUUGAAUCGGUGCUAUUGCGCAACUCCUCCAUCAGCUUCGAAAGCAAAAGCGUCUGCUUUCACACGCUAGCACGGACCAAGACGACAACGACACAAAAGUCAUUCCUGUUGAAUGUGGGUGCUCGGCGUGCUCUCUCACGCUCUCUUUCCCUCUCGACAAGCGACGAGCUAUCCUGCACUUAAAUACUUUCCAGCUGACGCGGCACAAACAGCAACAAGAAACUUUGGGAAUAGACGUCCACCUUCACUCCAGCAGUAACAAGCAAUAAAUCUUCAUCUUAUCUCCCUUUGUGACCGUCCAAAAAGAAGCAAAGUCAUGUUUUAUUUUUUUUCUUUGUACAUACAAAUAGCUUCAUAAAUUAAUGUGAAAGAUGAAAAAAAAAGGUAGAGCUCAUGGAUAGAACUUCUCCUCUGUUGCUGACUUGUGUUUAUUGUGCAUUUGAUAGUCCAUAUUUGGAAGCGCGGUGGGUGUAGCUUGGACAAUGUUACUUUUUGCUGGUUGACAUCCUACAAGUUAUUUAUUGUGUUGCUGUCUUGUGCUGCGCUAGGUUAUGGGAUGGAGGCUCCAGAGUUUAAAUUAUUAUACGUGAUAUACUCGUGGCGUGUGUGUGAGUGUGUGUGUGGUGUGUGCGUGUGUGUGUGUGUGUGUGUGUGUGUGUAUGGCAUUCUACUGGUGGUCAGGUGAUCCCAAGUUUCGGGGUAAAGAAAACGGGUUGUCAAAGUUAGCCAUCCCAACUCCACUGGCAUUAAGAAUUGCACUUCGCCCACUGUUUUUUUUUCUUUUCCGCCCUUUUGAUUUUUCACCUAAUUUUGAAUAUUUAUUUCUCCAUCCCUCCAAGAACAGACUUAAUGAGGGAAAAAUAACUUAUUGUUGUCCUGUUUUACUUUGACUUCACUUUCAAUUCCUCAUUCCUUAUUUUUAGAAUUAUGUGUUUUAUGUUUUAUUGGUCUUUUGGGGGAAUUGGGGUAGAACAUAAUGUAGCCAUUUUCUUUUGCUUUUGAAGUUUAUUCAAUGGACACUUGAAAUGUAAACGGCCCCAAAGCUGCUCCUAGUUGCUGAGCCUGUUUCGAGUCACCUGUCUUGUUUGGAGGUUGACCCCCACCCUGCAGCCCCACACUACAUACCGUAAUUUAUCGUGUAUAAUGUGCACCCAUGUAUAAUACGCACACCCCCAACACUCAAAAUUCUGGAAAACCCUUCUACCUAUGUAUAAUGCAUUUUUACUAUGCAUGAUUUUGCUUCUACCCAUAUGAUCAAAACCUGAAGUAUUAUCUAUAUUUUGUUAGUUUUUUCAAAUAAUUAUUCUGAAGUUAAGCACUUGAUUUGAACACUUAAUCCUUUUUUUAAUUUACUUGCUCUUAUUUUGAAAUUCACAGCCCUACUUUUAUUUAAUAAAUAAGAAAGCACACAGUUGUGCUCAUAUGUUUAAUUACCCAGGCAGAAUUUGUAAGAUGGGUACAAUUCUUUAAAGAAAACAUGAAGGACCAGGCGAAACACAUUUUAUUUUAUUUUAAUGGGAUUCAAAUUAAACGGUCAAGAAUUUCAGAAAAGCAUUAUCGUUAAACAAAACGUAACCAUAAAGAAAUUGAUGGGUGUUGUUCAAUCAUUCAGUCAUAUUUAACAAAUAAAUAAGUUAAAAAAAUGAUUUCACAAAUUUUGCCAGGCAAUGUAAACUUAUGAGCACAACUGUACAUAUAUGCAGUCAUACGUACCCCUGUCAUAUUGGAAUGAAAGUGUAGGCUACACUUUUUUUAUAACCACUCGGUGGCGGUAGCAUUUUGGAAUGACAGUGUCCAUCUUUUUCAUAACCACUAGAUGGCGGCAUACAUUUAUAAAAUGUGAAUUCUUUUUUCCCCCCAUUUGCCCCUAUAUCUAUGUAUAAUGCGCACUAUUGACUUUUGACAGUUUUGGGGGGGAAAUACAGUGCGCAUUAUACACGAGAAAUUACGGUACUCACAUCCACAUGUUAUACAACUGGACUGGCUUCCAGCCUGCCAAUCCAGUGGAAAAUAUUGUGUGUGUGUUUGUGAGGAGGUAAAGCUGAGGGAGGCGGGUCAUCGCCACAGGCAUAUGUUGAGCCAGCUUCUACCCAAACUGGGGUCUUCAUAAUGCCACUUUCCUCUUACAAGAGGAUUGUAUUAUUGACUAGGCUUGUCUUUUUAGUUGAUAACACGUGUCUUACACUUACAGCACCUCCAUAAAGGGAUUCAACAGAAAAAACAAGUAGAGUUUGAGCUUGUUGGACUUGUUGGCACUUAAUCAGAGUGACCACUGGUGUUGGAUCCGACUCACAAAAAUGCCAAAACCACGUCAGAACACCUCAGUGUCCUCGCUCUCUCUUUCUAUCUCGCUUUCUUUCGGUGUCUGUCUGAAGGACAGUUUAGAUUAAUUCUGCCCCUCUGAGACUUUUUAGCCAUCUCUGUUUCCAUGUCCUCCUCACGUUGCUUUGACAAACCUUUGCUGUCACAUCUUGUAAGUUGACUGUCUGAAAGUUCAAGGUGUGUCAGAACGUUUUCAGGACUGGUGUCACAAAAGUUUCCUUUCCCUUUCAAUGUGGAUCAGUUUAUCAACCAGCACAUCUACAAAGACAUCCUCCGGUGUUUGCGGCGUCCAGUUCCCCAAAAGAGGCGAGAGUUGCGGCAGGAUAACUCGACAAUGCGCCCGCUCACGAUGGCCUGAGCAUCCGAUAGUUCCUGGCUGAGAUGAACAUCACCUUGCUGAAGUAACCCCCCCAACUCACAUGACCUGGCUCUGAGUGAUUUUGUAUUUGAUUCCCCUUCCCAAGCUCAAGGAGGUCAUCAAGGCUACCGGUUACGAAGAGGGCCGUGACGAAAGCUGCAGAGGAUGCCUAAAGAAUCCUUUCAGAAAGAAGUACAUGAAGGCAGGGAAAGUGUUUUGGACUCCAGGGGGAUUACUACGAAAGAGAGAGAUUUUAGAUUGGAUUUGAAAUGACAUAUUUUGUGACAUUCGUCCUGGAACCUUUCUGACAAACCUUGUAUAUUUUUUACAUCUGUGCUGAGAGUUUGAGAGUUUGGUUCCAAACAAGCAACUUUGAGUGUGAGGUAACUUUGCAGGUGGGCUCUGCUGUGCUUUUAAUAUUCUAGGCAGCCCCAAAGAAAGUGGAUGUUGCAGUGUUUUUUGCUUUUCUUUUGGGAAACCACAAUCCAUUCCAGUGUCGGUGAGGAAAACGGGUCCACGAGGUGAAGUUAAGGCAACGAAACGAGUCCCUUGUGGGGAGUCGUCGUGUUCUGAACCUGUGACCAUCCUUUGUAAAACAUGCACUCUGAUGAACGUGUUUUUCUUGCAAAGUUGGAAAUGCAAUACUUAGAAUAAAAACAAGAUUUUCAAACCUGAACCACUGACUUGACCUUUACAUGACCUGGACAUCCCUGUGGUUGAUGCUUAGAGUGCUUUAAGUUUAGGAAGUAUUUUAAAAUUACACCCAUUUUAUGCUCAGUACCUUUUUAUCAACCUCCAAAUGUAACUAUUGUUUUUAAUGCUAGGGUGAAAAUAAUUUUAGAACUUUACAUACACUAUAUCCAAAGACACUUUCUCACUGCCAUGAAAUCAGACCAAACUUUUCCUCUUUUUUUAAGGUUAAUUAGGCUUACCAAAAUGAUUUAUUGUUGCUAAAUGCCCGAAAAAUGAGAGGAUUUUUUUCCCUGGCAAUUUUCCAU